AUGGUCAACUUCUACACGGGCAACGAUCCAACUCCAGGCUUCUCCGAGCUAGAACUGUAUCGCCAAUACAAGGUGGAGCAAAAGAAGAAGCAUGGUAGUGUGUCCAAGAAGCGACCAGACACAACUGUCAGUGUAGGCCAAGUUUCCAAACUCUACCGAGACCUGGCAAUUACUGACAACGUAUCUAAACAGGCUGAUAACAGUUAUGAUCAUUUGAACGACUAUGACGACGACGAAGCUAUGCUCGACGCAGACGCCCCUGUCUCCAACAUCCUGGAAAAGCCUGCGCCCAGCAACCGAAAGAUCACCAUCCGCGAUUAUCAUCUCUGGAAGGCAACUGGUAUCAAGACCUUCGACGAGUACUUGAAUCAGAAGCCGCACAAGGACGUUGAGCUCCCCAAAAGGCGACCGGUUAAGAAUCUACCUGGCCUUCCGGGAGGUGCUGAUGAUCCAAAUUACUUGGAGUCAGUGAAGGAGCAGGAGGAGGAGCAUCUCCGACGUGUGAGGAAGUAUGUCGCAUAA